AUCUACUAUCACAAAACUAGAGCAAAGAUUUUCUUUUUUCAUUAGGAAAUGGUUAAAACUACAUCAUUCAAUUUCCAACAUUUCUUUAUAUUCCUCGACAUCGCCUUGUCCUCUUCCCCUGAAAAGUCUUGCAUGUGUUCUCAAAUCUGCCAAAAUCAGUGGACAUCUGUUACUAAGAGAUUCUGUCGACCCUUGUGUGUCUAAGUGCGUACCAGAUUUAAAAGCUGGAAAUUGGAAAGUUAGUGAGGCAGUUCUUUCGGCGGAUAGUCAGCUCAAUUUCACAAGGAUUUUAAGUUUGCAUCAGACUGGUCGAGCUGGCUUAGGGCUCUUAGACCACAAAAAUAUUCUACCAAAAGGCACUUAUGCUUACCGAAAGCUUGUUUCCAAUAAUAGAAGAUAUUUACCAUGCCAGAGCUGUACAGUUGCAUUUGCAAGGCAAUUGGACAAAAUGGUGCUCUUAUGUGAAAAAUGAUUUGUCUUAGAGAACAAUUCUUUCAUUGCCACGAUGUCUAACUUCCUUAUAGGGGCAACCUACGACACCCUUCCCUCUUCAACCAAUCUUGUGAGAUGGGGAAUUGAGAAAGACAAAAGUUGCAUUCUGUGCAAGAAACCAUCCUCAAAUGUCUCUCACAUAUUGGGUGCCUGUAGGACCUCCCUUACGCAGGGUAGAUACACAUACCGUCACGACUCGGUUUUAAUAGCUUUUGGUAAAGGCAUUAAAAGAGUUUUUGGUGAGUGAGCCUGAUUUCAAAAAGUCAUAUGCUAAUAAAAAAACCAUGUAUUUUUUGCUUAAUUUCGUCAUCAUUUGCUACCUUUUGUGUUUUUCCAUUUAGAACUUCACCGUUUAUCUUCGAAAAACCAAAUAAUACAAACAAAAAAUGAUAACGACGUGCAACAUACAGAUGUUAACCUAGAUUCUCAGGUUAGGCUUGUAUUUGUUAAGGGUGCAUUGUUAAUAGCUGAGUUGUAAAUUAUUCUAAAUUUGUAUAUUUGUUAAGGGUGCAUUGUUAAUAGCUGAGUUGUAAAUUAUUCUAAAUUUGUGAACUAAUGUUGUAGAAAAAAUGUAAAUAUAUAUAUAUAUAUGCAUUGCCUUAAUUUAGGAUAAAACAUUUCUGCUUAUUGAUCACACACUAAUUGAGAUUGAUGAAUCAACGUGUAAUGAUCAUCAUGAUCCAGAUGACAAUUGUGUGAAUGAAGAAACUGCAACGGAAUUGUGGGAAGAUCCUGAAGCAGAACCAGAGGACGACUUUAAUGUUGUUGUUGGUCAACAUGCUAACCAUCAUACCACAAAAUUCAUCACUUUGGUACUGCAAGCAAUGUUCAUUUUGCAAGUUCAUAUUUUUCUCUCUGAUAACACAUUGGAAAGUAUUUUAGGUUUUUCAAAACUGAUUUGUUUAUUGCUCAACAAAAUGUUUGGUUUACACAUUCUUGAUGAAAUAUUGGAAAGAUUUCCAAAUUCAUUAUACAUGGCUCGACAAUAUCUGGCUCUGAAUCGGGAUUCUUUUACAAAGUUUGUUGUGUGCACGUCAUGUCAAUCUCUGUAUUCUUAUAAUCAAUGCUGGAAAAAAGAAAUCACUGGUAGAAAGACAAGCAGCAAAUGUAGUCAUGUGAAAUUCCCUAAUCACCCAUUUCCUGCCUACAGGAAACCUUGCAACAAUAUUUUAAUGAAAGUAGUUGUAUCCUUUGAAAAAAAUAUAAACUUAUACCCAAAGAAGGUUUAUGCUUAUCGGAGUAUAAAGACUGGCCUGGAAGAGUUGCUAGCACGUCCAGGUUUCUUGGAAUUAUUAUUUACUAAACCUGAUGAACAUGUCAAAAUGUCAGAUAUUUUUGAUGGACAGAUUUGGAAAAGUUUUCAGGACAGCAUAGGGGAAUUAUAUUUUGCAGAUAAAAGAAAUUUGGGCGUUAUGCUAAACCUAGAUUGGUUUAAUCCGUAUAAAAACAGAGAGCAUAGUGUUGGUGUAAUUUACCUGUCAAUUUUAAAUUUACCAAGACAACAUCGAUUGCUGUGGAAAAACACACUCAUCAUAGGUAUUAUUCCUGGUCCAAAAGAGCCAAAUCUUCACAUUAAUUCUUUUAUCAAACCAAUGGUUGAUGAGCUUUUACUAUAUUGGGAUGGUGUGAUUAUGAAAGAGCCAAGUAGCAUUGGUUAUUCUUUAUAUAAAAUUGCUUUAAUAUCAAUAUCAAAUGAUAUUCCUGCUACUCGAAAGUUUGGUGGCUUUUUGAAUUUCAAUGCAAAGUCAGGGUGCAGUAAGUGUUUGAAAGUAUUCAACAAAGUUGGUGACUUCACUGAUUAUUCUGGAUCUGAUGUUGAUGCCUGGGGAUUGCGAACUGGAAUAAAUCACAAAAGAUACGCCCUUCAUGCUGCCAAUGCCAAUACGAAAAGUGAAUGUGAAAAAAGACAAAGAGAACACGGAGCCCGUUACAGCGAACUCCAUAGAUUGCCAUACUAUGAUCCAGUCAGAAUGCAUACAAUUGAUCCUAUGCAUAAUCUUUAUUUGGGUACAGCAAAACAUGUUUUUAAAACUUGGAUUGAAAUUGGGGUUUUAACAUCAGAUAAACUGAAAUGUAUUGACGACAAAAUGAAAAAGGUAAAAGUUCCAACUGAUGUUGGUAGAAUACCAGGUUGGUUGCAUUUGCUUGUUAUAUAUCUUCAAAUGUUUUUUAUAUAUAUACAAAAUUUGUUCUUGUUUCGUAGCUCAUUACUCUUGCACUUAAAUAUUUCUGAUGUAUUAUAUAUAUUGUGAAUU